AUUUGAAACUUGACAGUUAAUAUUAUGUUAUUAGUUAACAUUUUAAGCGUCUGGUUUGAAUUUAAACAUUAUUGUAUUUGCGAAAGUGUUUCAUGGAUUUAUAAAUAAUAGGAGUUUUUAUUUUUGGAUAUAAAGGCGUAGUAGUUACCUAGGAGUUUACAAGAAACAAUAAAUGAACCUAAAAUGAUAAAAAACUUUAUUAUUCCAUUAAACAAAGAUGAACUUUUACAAACAACUGGGAGUGGACAAUAUUACGUAGAAAAAAUCAUCCCAAUACGGAUGAUACCACAAGCAUUAAAUGAAGCACGAACAGCAUUUCAAACAAAUGGAAUUAAUUUUAUCACGGAACACUUUGACACAUUUUUCUCUGUAGUUGUACAUGGAAAUAAAAUUGACUUACCGAUCAUUAUGAAAGGUUUCACUGGAAUUCAUAAAGCUAUUGAAAUGCUGAUUUAUCACUUGGAAGGCAUAUUUGAGAAAGAAAACGAGUUGGAAGAAGAAAACCGAUUACAAGUUUUUAACAUUACCAAAAUGCUUGGGUAUUUAUUUUCUUGGUUCUUUUGCCAUAUAGACGAAGAAAUUCUUAAAACUGCGGACAAUAAAUAUAUUGAGAAGCGUAAAAAAAAUACAAAAUCAGAUUUAGAGGAAGAAUGGGAUUCUACUAAGGAGAAAGCACUGGAAUAUUGUUAUAGACUGUUACAGUUACCAUUGCAGAAACUUUGGCAGCCUCCCAUUGUCGAGGAUUCUUUUAUUAUAUUACUUACUAAAAUGUGCUAUAAGGUUUUAGAACAGUGUAAGAAUAUAAAACAAAAAUAUAUACGUCAAACUGUUUUUGAGAUUUUGGGAACUUCGAUUAAAAAAUACAAUCAUGGAAUAAACUGCAUAAUAAGAAUUAUUCAGUUGGUGAAAGUAAGUGAUAUGUUAGCAUCGCAUAUAGCAACCGGAGUUAUUCAAAUGAUUAAUGAAUGUGGUUGUAAUGGUUUAAUAAAAGAAGUAAUGAAAGAGAUCGAUCAAAGCGAACCAUCUGAAAAUGAUGGUCAUUAUAUAUCAAUAUUUCUUGAAACCAUUGCUACUACUCAACCAGACCUCAUAAUGCCUAUCCUCGAUGAUGUGAGGUAUUAUUUGGAUAGCGAACAUUAUGCUAUGAGAAAUUGUACGAUUGUAAUUAUAGGUGUAAUUGUACGAAAAUCAUUAAACGGAGAUAAUCUUACUCAAGAACAAAAAGAUAAACGCGAUGAAUGUCUGAAUAGUUUAGAAGAACAUUUGUUGGAUAAUAAUGCUUACGUUAGAUCAAAAGUCUUGCAAGUUUGGCAACAUUUAUGUUGCGAGGGAGCAAUACCUUUGGCAAGACAAGGGAAACUUUUAGCUGCUACAGCAUUACGUUUAGAAGACAAAAGUGCGAAUGUACGAAAACAAGCACUGCAAUUACUACGGGCUUUACUCCAGGCUAAUCCAUACGCAGCUAAGUUAAAUAAAGUAGAAAUUUCUAAGUCAUUGGAGGAAAAUAAAAUGAAAUUGAGAAAGAUGCAAACUGAUAGAGUAAGCAAAAGUGUUUGCGGCGAUCGUCAGAGAUUAGAAUUGUGGGACACUUUACUUCCAAAUAUAAAUAAAACAUUAAAAGAAGUUGUUGCCUGUAAGAAAAAAGAUAAAGAACAAAGUGACGAGGAUGAUGAAAAUGAUGACGACGAAGAAAACAUUGAUCCUAAUAUAGGAUUUGAACACGUGAGGCAGUUGAUGUUAAAGGAACAAAUUUCUGAAGCAGUGACAUAUUUGUGGAAAGUAUAUGUUAAAUUGACGCCAAAGCCAGACAAGAAAAAUUUUUCUUCAGAGGCAAUAGAGGAAUUUUUAUUUUUACUUUUACUAAAAAUAUUUAUGGAAUCGGAGGAUAAGUUAAAUAACGUAAAAGCAGAUGCAAAUACGGCACAAUCAUCAGAUAAAGAUAAAUCUAAUGACGAGGAGGAAAUAACAGCAACAAAACGAGUUGUAAAUUAUUUAAAAAAUUGUUUAGAAUUUGCAACCGAGCUGGAAACUGCUAUAACCAAGGUAGAAAAUUUGCUUUUUUCUACAACAGCUGGUGAUGCUAUUGAAGCAUGUACUUUCCUUGGCACUGCCUAUCAAUUUGGUAUAGCUGGAGCUGUAACUGCUAUACGCGAUGCUUUGGAUCAAGUAUUUCACCAUGAUCAAUCAGUACGCAAGAAUGUAGCUAUUGUAUAUAAAGAAAUUUACUUAAAUAACAACGUUGAUAAAAUAUCAAAUCGACAAAAGGCAGUUAUGCGUGUUAAAGCUUUGAUCGCAUUGUUGAAAGAACUUCAACCAGGUCAAAGCCAAGCUUUGAAUAAACUUAUUGUAGAGUGGUAUACUAACAAGGAACUAAGUAAUGAAGAAAUACAGGUUUUGUGGGAAAAAUUUUCAAUGAAAUCGUCGGACAAAGAUCCAUUAGAUAGCAGAUCUGCAUUAAUGUUGAUAACAAUGAUAGCUCAAACUGAGAGUGAUAUUAUAACUACAAAUUUAAAUAUAUUAAUAAAAGUGGGUUUAGGCCCGCGAGCAAAAACUGACCUUCUUUUGGCCAGAGAUACAUGUAGAGCAUUGUUAAAGAUAAAAAGUGUAAAUGAUGACAUUAACAAAUCACCUGUUAGGUAUCCCAAUGAUCAUGAAAUGUUUAAAGAAAUUUUGAGUUUAUUAAUAGAAAAUUUUACUAACAUGGAAGAAGAUGGGUAUGUGUCAUUUGCAACAGAUGCAGUCAGCGCUAUUUACUGCUUAGCAAAUCAGCCUGAUCAUCUAAUGCAGCAGUUAUUAUUAGAAGUGUAUAAUCGAGGACAAUUUAAUAAUAUCGAUUCGACAGAACACGUUGUUUCACUUUUCUUGCUAUCUAAAUUACUAUACUUAAUCGGGCAUAUUGCAGCCAGACAAAUGGUACAUUUGGACACAUCAGUUUACAAGGAAUUAAAGCGAAGAGAUACCAUACGAAAAUUAAAAAAAGAAAAGAAUUCAAAUAGAAAUAAAUGUAAUUCUUCUAAAUCUCGUUGGUCAAAAAAUACAUUAUCUACUUCAAACAGCGCAAGACGGAUACUUCGUAAUAAAGAGACAAGUAUAGUUGCAGAAGAUAAUGGCGAGGAAGCUGUGGUAGGAGCAAUAGAUGAUUCAAAUGCAGAAUUAAUAAACGAUGUUCUUGAAAAUCACAUUGUAACUGGCGAUGGACUUUUAGCAAAAUUUGUCCCAGUGGUAUUACAUGUAUGUCAAAAUCAUGAUAAGUACAAUGAUGAAGACACACAAGCUGCCAGCACUCUUGCUCUCAGUAAAAUGAUGACAGUCAGCUCUAUAUUCUGCGAAGAAUCAUUACAACUUUUAAUUACAAUACUUGAACGUUCGCCGCAUCCUGCCAUUCGAGCCAAUGUUCUUAUUGGAGUAAGUGACCUUACAUCUAGGUUUCCAAAUCAAGUUGAACCAUGGAUGAAACAUAUCUAUAGCAGACUCCGGGAUACAGAUAAAAAUGUACGAAGUACCUGUGUCCAUGUUUUAUCAAGUCUUAUAAUGAGAGACAUGGUGCGCGUAAGAGGUCAGAUAUCAGAAUUAGCUCUCUGCAUAGUAGAUAAAGAUACUCAAAUCCGUCAAGACGCAAAACAGUUCUUCAAGGCACUUUCGCAGAAGACCAACGCCUUGUAUAAUGUGAUGCCCGAUAUAUUAUCUCGAUUAACUGAUCCUAAUUUAGAUAUAGGCGAGUCUGAUUUCCAAGAGAUUAUAAAAUACAUUUUAAGUUUGUUACAAAAAGAAAAACAAGUUGAUGCCAUAAUCGACAAAAUUUGUACCAGAUUUCAACUAGCUACUACAGAAAGACAGUGGCGUGACUUUUCAUAUUGUUUGUCACUUUUACAAUUUGGUCCGAAAAGUAUACAUCGUCUUACCGAAAGUUUACCCCUAUUAAAGGAAAAAAUUCACCACAAGCAUGUACAGAAAGCUUUGCAGACUGUUAUAGAGCAGUCAAAGAAAAAGCCAAAUACAAAAGCAGUUUGUAUCGAAUUGGAAGAAAAAAUAAAGGAACUGCUCAAAUCUACGAACGAAGAAAGUAAUAACGAAAUGAUGCCACCACCCCAAGUGCCAAAACCAAAAAAGCGCAACAGACAAUCAAAAUAUAGGAGUAGCAGUGAGGAAGACAGUGAUUCCGAUAUAAUGCCCAUGGCAAAACCAAAGAGUGCUAGAAAGGUAAAGUCACGUAGUCGCACAAAUAAAGCAAGUUCUGAUUCGGACUCAGAUACGGACUCCACUUUAAAGAAAACUCGCGGAGAGAGACAAGCUAAGGCAACCCCAUCCAAACCAAGUGCAAGAAAAUUAUCGAAUCGAAGUGAAAAUACUAAUCCAGUUCAUACAACCAGAUUAUCAGUAUCAAGAAGAAAUCGAAAUUCUGCAACGCCAGUGUAUACUUCACAGAGGACUUCGGCACGUUUGUCUCAGUCACGAGGCAAACAUUCAAACUAGCAAUCGCAUUAGUAUAACUAAUGUAUAGUUUUGUAUAUGUAUUUUUAUAACUUCGAUUAGAUAAAGAUUUAUAAAGAUAUACAAUAUUUAUACAGUUUUAUUUGUCCUUUUUUUCUGGUGCAAGAAAAUUGCAUAAGAAGUGCGAAUUACCGAGUUCUUAUAGCAUUGGUUCGUGCGGUAGGAUGUGUCGACUUUUCCUACCACUCCGUUAAACGUUAAGGAAGUUUGUCGUUACUAGUGUCGCGUCGAUGCACUCAUUUA